AUGAACGAGAAAAUGUUGCUACACUUGCUGACACUCCUCAGCAUUGCGCUUGCCAUCGAAUAUCCAUGGACAUUUGACAACGACCUUUUUGGAGGCCCGGAUUUCUGGGGUCUGGUGAACAGAGAUUGGCGAAUGUGUACGGCUGGUCAAAUGCAGAGUCCAGUAAAUAUCGAUCCAGGUCAAUUGUUGUUCGAUCCACAUCUUGGACGAAUUUCAAUCGAUGAUGUUCAUGUGGAAGGAACGUUCGAGAACAUUGGCCAGCUACCAAUUAUCACUAUUAAUGAAACACUUUCAAAGACAACCAUCAAUAUCACCGGAGGACCCGCGUCACCAUACAAAUAUCGUCUACAUCAAAUAUCCAUGCAUUUCGGACAACCGGACGGUGAACGAGGCUCCGAACACACCGUUGAUCGUGUUCGUUUCCCGGCGGAGGUCCAGCUGCUCGCCUAUAACAUUGAUCUUUAUACGAAUUACAGUCAAGCGGUUACACAACCUCGUGGUUUACUAGCGAUUGCAGUUAUAAUCGAUAUCGGCGACACCACAGAGGUAGCGUUGAGGCGAUUGACUGUAGCUUCUCAGAGCAUCACAUAUAAAGGAAUGAAGACCACUCUACGAAAAUUACAUCCAGCUGGUCUAAUACCACGAACAAAUCACUACGUCACUUAUGAGGGAUCGUUAACGAUUCCCGGUUGUCAUGAGACGGUCACAUGGAUUAUUAUGAACAAUCCGAUCUAUAUCACUCGGGAUGAUCUCCAAAUAUGGAAUGAGCUCCAGAAAACGGAGAGUAAACAAGCGGAUCCUGCCUACAUGACUCCUGCUUAUCGUCCGUUAAAAGCUCUAAACGGUCGACUUCUUCGGACAAAUAUUAAUGUGAAUUACAAGCACACAUCAUCGCCCACGUGUUCCACCAACAUCUACACAGAAAUGGGAUAUCGAUCGAAUCCGGCACGCGCGCGUCAUAAUCAAUCGAUGACGAAACGGAACGCGCCGCGUUACGCAGAUCAUGAGAUCUUCGAGUUGGAAGCAAUCGAACCGGAACGCGUCGACGCAAUGGACGCAAUACAGUCGGUCUAA